AGAAUGUAACAGAGAGUCGGGUCUGCGUGAGGAUGGAGGCGGCGGGCGGGAGCUCGGCGCCGCAGUCGCGUCCUAAGGAGCUCUGCCGAAACCAGCGGAGAGACUCGGAGAGUUCUUUGGAUUUUCCUAACCUAGAGUUUGAAUAUGGAGAUUCAGACAGCAUUGUUGCUGAACUGUCGGAGCUUUACAGUUACACUGAAGAGCCUGAAUUUUCCGCUAACAGAGAUUGCUUUGAAGAGGAUUUUGCAAUACAUGGAAAGGGCAAGAAAUGGGUAGAGUUGGAAGAUGAUGAGCAUAAAUCCUAUUUGAUGAGGCUGCUGGAUGGAUUGGAGGUGAUAAAUAGGGAGAAGAGACUUAAAUUUGCCAGAGCCAUUCUUUACCUGGCCCAAGGUGUGUUUGAUGACUGCUAUACAGAAACUGAAGUGAUACAUUGGGCUCGUUACAAUGUCUUCCUUCUCUAUGAAAUGGGCACGUUUGGGACAUUAGUGGAGCUGCUCAACAUGGAGAUUGAUAACAGCCAGACAUGCAGCACUUCCCUGCGAAAACCAGCCAUUUCCCUAGCGGAUAGCACUGAACUGAGGGUGCUGCUCAAUAUUAUGUACCUGAUGGUGGAGAUCAUACGAGGAGAGGGCGAGGAUGACAAACCCGACUGGAGCUCAGCAAGAGACGGAUUUCGGACUGAGCUAAGUUCCCCAGUGUAUAACGGUGAGCCUUUUGCAGUUCUCCUAUUCUCUCUCAUUAAUCAAUACUGUAACGGACACACUCCACAUUGCCCUAUUAAGAAGGUGUUGCUGCUCCUUUGGAAAACUAUUCUGUUCUGUUUUGGAGGGUUUGAGAAACUCCAAGAGUUGAAAGCCGAAAAGCGAGCAAAGCUGGGACUUCCUCCACUGUUGGAGAACAGUAUUCACGUGACGCGAACUCUGCGAGCCACCUCUCCACCAGCAUCAGCCAUGGACAUCCUAGAGCAACAGCACAAGCGAGGUCGCAGGGGUCGGAAGGUUCUCAUGAAGCAGGACAGCCUGGAUAUCUACUGUGAGAGAGAUGAGGCUCGGGAGGAGGAGGACGAGGCAGAUGAAGGUGACAGUGGGAUUGAGGGAGAACUGGAUGCGCUGGAGAGAGAGACACUGAUUCAGGACCUCCCUUCCCAUGGACUGAUGCCAGAGAGACUGGUCUUCCCACGGUGCCUGCCCUGGGCCACUAAAGUCAGAGAGAAGGACAUCGAAGAUUUUCUGGAAGUCAGCCGGUGCAAAUUCAUUGGAUUCACGUUGGGAAAUGACACUGAAACCCUGGUGGGUUUGCCCAAGCCCAUUCACAAUAGUGUGAAAAUACUGAAACAGCAUAAGUAUGUCUCCAUCGCAGAAGUACAGGCCAAGAGGGAGGAAGAACUGCAGAAAUGUCCAGUGUCGCUGGGAGCUGAAGAGGUGGAACAAAGCCCAGUUGAGAUCCUGUACCAAGCAAUGUUACACAACCUACCUCAGUAUAUGAUAGCAUUGCUGAAGAUCCAGCUGGCUGCUGCUCCCACAUCCAAGGCAAAAACUGACUCCAUCAAUAUCUUGGCUGAUCUCCUGCCUGAGGAGAUGCCCAAUACUGUGUUACAAAGCAUGAAGUUGGGGAUUGAUGUCAACAGACACAAGGAAAUCAUUGUUAAAGCUAUUUCAGCACUGAUGCUGCUAUUACUGAAGCACCUCAAACUCAACUAUGUCUAUCAGUUUGAAUAUGUUUCCCAGCACUUGGUAUUUGCCAACUGCAUCCCGCUGAUUCUGAAGUUCUUCAAUCAGAGCAUCAUGUCCUAUGUCACCGCCAAGAACAGCAUCUCCGUCCUAGACUACCCUCGCUGCGUGAUCCAUGAGUUGCCAGAACUCACCACUGAAGUUUUGGAAGCUGGUGACAACACUCAGUUCUGCUGGAGGAACCUCUUCUCAUGUAUCAACCUGCUGCGUAUCCUAAACAAGCUGACCAAAUGGAAACACUCGCGUAUCAUGAUGCUUGUGGUUUUCAAAUCAGCGCCAAUUUUGAAGCGGGUGCUCAGGACAAAACAGGCAAUGCUGCAGCUCUAUGCACUGAAACUGCUCAAAUUCCAAACCAAGUACCUGGGCCGUCAGUGGAGGAAGAGCAACAUGAAGAUCAUGUCUGCCAUCUACCACAAAGUGCGACACCGCCUCAAUGACGACUGGGCGUACGGCAAUGAUAUUGAUGCUCGACCCUGGGACUUCCAGGCAGAGGAGUGUGCACUGAGAGUCAAUAUCGAGAUGUUCAACAACCGGCGCUAUGGUUUGCACCACAAUGACCUGGAAUUUGCUCCAGUGGACAACUGCCUUCAGAGUGUCCUGGGCCAUCAUGUCUCGCUGCCAGAGGAUUUCCGCUACAGCUAUGAACUCUGGUUGGAGAGGGAAGUUUUUGCCCAUCCCAUCCGCUGGGAGGAUCUUCUACAGCCUCUAGCUUAAUGAGAACAGCUCAUCUCCCGAGGAGAUGCAUCUAUGAUGGCCUGUCUUCAAAAGACUUCUUUCAAUGAAAAUUCCAUCUCAGCAGUCAAUUGGUGCUUGGUUUUUUAAACAUCAUUGCAUGGAGGGAAUGAUUUCACAGCUUUAGUUAUUCCCCAACGACGCCCUCAGUCCCUGUGAAUUGGUGGUGACUGAGUGUUAUAUGCCCAUCUCUUGGUCUGGAAUUGAUGUCUUAUGUCCAACUGGAUCAGGAGAUAAGGGUCCCCUCUGACUCCCUCUUCAACCCACUUGACUGACCGAUCGAGUACUGAAUGGAUCUUGGUGUGUUUUACUGUUGAAGGCUUGAUUAAAGCAAUGUGUACUGAAUUAUAGGGGAGGAACUGGGUUCACAUUCACUGAAUCACUUAAUAUGGGAGAGUAAGAACAAUGUUGCACCACCUUCCCACCCACAUCCCCCAUCCCCAGUUAUAUUAAUGAGGUUUAUUUCAAGGUGAUUUACAAUCAAAGUGCACUGUGAAGCUAACACAAUGCAUUGAACGGUAGUUGUGCUGUAAAGCUCUGUGGAUCGGAGGCUUUGGAUGGUUUUACUACGGAGCUUUGUGCUCCUGUCUUCAAUGGGAUCUGCUGCUGCUUCUCAUUAAAACUGUGCCACCCAGCAGUACUGGCCAUGAUGAGUCAGAGGAGAUAAUGGAAGUGUGACAGUAAAGCUCAUGAUGUACUUUUAGAUGAUGUCUGGGAACCUUAGAUGGGCUGUACUAAUGGUCCCUCCUAUGAAUAAGUUGUUUUUUUGAAUAUACCUGAUUUAUUUAAAUACAUAAGCAGUCUGGCCCAUAACUUGUUAACACAAUAUUGUUUGUGUCCAGACCAUAGCAGAAUUGUAGCUUUUGCAGCUUAGCUGAAGCAGUGUGCCACCUAACU